UAACGCGUGUGUAAUCUUAUCUUCAAAAGCAUCAUAUUAAAUAUAAUAUGCAGUAAAGCGUUCAAGUUAUGGUACGAAAGGUGUGAAUUGUCUGCCUAAAUUUAUAAAAAGAGAAAAAAAGGACACGAAAAAAAAGAUGGAAAUUCACUUUGAGUUUGUGCUGAUUUUGGCAAUCGUUCUUUGCGGAGCCGCAGAAGAAAAACAAGAUAAUGCAGAUUACGAUACUACAAUUUUAAAUUUGAGCGGGCAGGGAUGGAAGAACCUUGACAGCAUUGCAUUUAGUUUGUAUCCAAAUGUCGAAGAAAUAGAUCUGUCCAAUAACAACCUUGAGAUCUUGAGGGAAGACGUGUUUCAAAAUAACAAGAAACUAAAAAAAUUGAAUUUGGCCAAUAAUAAAGACCUCUUUUUACCCGAGUACGCCACACUACUAAUAUCUGACAUUGAAGAAUUGAAUUUGACCCAAUGUAAUAUAUAUGAAUUGCCGUCAAACAUUUUCGACGGACUUCAAAACUUAAAAAUUAUAGAUUUACGAAAUAAUCCACUCAAGAUUGUGGAAUCCUUUACAUUUAACGCGCUUCAAAAUCCGCAAGUACUAUUUUUACCAUACUCUGCCGAAGAAACUAUACACGAAAUUUGCACAUCAGUUGAGCAACUAGAAAUUAUCGUUGAUUCUAAAGAAAAUCACACAUACAAAUGUUUAAACAACACAAUUUAUCAUAAAGAAUCGUCGUCAGGAAAAUUACAUCAAAUAACGCCCAUACAACAUGAGGAAACUGAAACAGGAGGUGACUUUAAAGAGACAGAUGAAAACGAUAAGAUCGACAUGGUAUCGGAAGAAGUUUACCCCUUCAUGGACCAAGAACAAAACGAUCAACCAGCGGCUUAUGGUUACGACGGUUCCGGGGACGAGUCCCCGUCUGAAUCUGAUAAAAUCGAAGACGUCAAAACGCUCGACACAACUAGUAACGUAACAGCCGAAGAAAGUAAAGCGCAAGAUGUACAAAAAGAAAAUACGGCCACCGAUUUACCACCAGUUCAAGUCAAAGGACCUCCAUCACCGGAAGAAAUAAAAACGAGUACCGAUGGGGCUACAGAACCAACUGUAGAAGAAACUGUUGGAAAAUCUAAUGAAUCAGCAACAAAUUUACUAGAAACAAAUGGCCAACAACCUUCCGAAACAGUGCAACAACAGCCGGAAACAACUUCAAACCAAUCAGAAUCAGUACCUCAACAAUCAGAAUCAAGUCCCCAGUCAUCAGAAACAAUUCCACAACAAUCAGAAACAAAUACCCAGCAAUCAGAAACAAAACCCCAACCAUCAGAGACAAGUCCCCGACAUCCACAAGUAAUGGUGGCCCUUCAAACAGACGUUAAAAAAGAAACUCAUUCGUCACAUAAAGAAACAGGCCCUGAUACAACAUCUCCAACAAAUUUAGACACCGAGAAAAACGUAUUUACGAGGAAAAAUCAAGCAGUCUUAAGCUCAGCAACGUUCACAAAUAGUGAUACACAUGCGGAGGAAAAACAUGAACAUUUAAAAACUGAAGAGGAGUCGAAUGGGGUCGAUCCGAGAGCAUCAGCAGGCAACAUUAGUAAAGGAGAAAUAAAAGCUGAAGGUUCAACAGAAAAGUCAACAUCGAACGCAAACAUUUUUAUAAUUCUGGGGGUCGCUGUAGUCUGUAUAGGGUUGGCGGCAUUUGGAUACCGAUGGUACAAAAACCGAACGUACAAGGCGGCAAAUACGGAAGAACCAGUCGAAAGGGAACUUAAAGAAAUAUCUGUGCAUCACAACAACGGAAUACCAAAACAAGAACAAGAACCUUUAAUGCAGAAUCCAUCAGGUGAAGACGAUAACAAACGCAAUGGCAGCAACUAGAAACUGAAUUAAUUAACCUUUUGAUUAAUAUUAUUUUAUAAAUAAACUGUAUAUUAUCGGUAUUUGUGGCGUCGUUUGAUUCACGGUUGAGUAAAAAGAAAAAAUUACCAGCAACAACGAUCGAAUUACUUAUGCACUUUAGACUUAAAAAUUAGCAAUCGACCACAAAGUGAACUAGUCCGUGUAAACAUUGAUAAAAACUUUAUUGUAAUACAAUAUGUACUAAGAUUAUUGGGUCGUUAUUAUUACAAUAAAGUUUCAAAUUAUAA